AUGCCGGUGGAUCCUGAGGCGGAGACUGUCCCAGGCCUCCCUGGUCUCCCCGCCGAGUCUGCAAUGACCCCUGGCCGUGUGCCGGCCGAGCCAGCAGCGGUCCCCGUGCCGCCGCCGCCGGUCUUCGGGGCCUUCCUGAACGCCGCUGCUCUGCCCUCGUCCAGCUCGUCGUCGUCGUCGUCGUCGGCGGCGCCUGGCUCGCCUCUGUCACCGGCGCCUCCGGCUUCGCCUGGCGCCCCGCACUGCAGCGGCGACGCGGCAUGCAGCGAGGGGCCUCUCAGCUCACUGCUGGCGGCGGCAGCUGCGCGCACUUUGCCCUCGCACCCUGGCGUCUGCAACUCGGCCUACUCGCCGGCGCUCCUGGCCGCGGUCGGCCUCCUACCGGCAGAGACCUUGGCAGGCUGGCUCGCCCAUGCGUCCAUGGGUCCGCCCUUCGCUGGCCUGGUGCAAGAGCUCGUGGGAGCAUUGGCGGCGCCCUCCUCGGAUCACGUUUUUGCUCUGCAGUCCUUGGCUGCCGCCGCGCCCGGGCACGCCGCGCCUGCGGCCUUGGCGGCCGCUGCCCUCCUCGGGCGGCUGGCGCGCCCCGUGGGCCUUGCAGAGGUGGUCCACACCCUCCUGCUCGGGGCCAAUUACCUGGACCCCUUGGUCGCCGAGGCCUUGGCGGCGGUGUACGGGGCUCUGCACAGGGUGCCGCUGCUGCCCUCCGUGCCGCAAGUCUGCGCUGGGCUGCGGGCGCAGCGG